AUGCUUUUCCUCUUGGUAUUAGUUUUCAAUCAUUUUCUGAUUGUAACUGCAGAAUUUAACAGUCAUUUUGCGGAGUUUGUUGAAGAAAAUUAUGGGAAAACUUUUCUUGAUGCACUUCAAAGGUUAGUUAUUCACAGUUAGCUGAUAUUCUAUAUAUUUUUGAAAAUGGUUUAAAUGGUUCAUCAUCUAUAAAAUCAGAAAUAAUUCCAAAAACUUUCAACCCGUUAAGAACUGAACUUGGCGACAACGGUUCAUUUGGUGGUAAACAUUCUGAAGACGAUGAGAUAGUCCGAGAUCCAGUCAUUUUCAUACACGGCGUAUCGGAUGUUGCUGGUGGCAAAAUGCACAAUCUUGCUGCGAAAUAUCGCAAAAAAGGUUAUACCGAUGGAGAAUUGUAUGGAACAAGUUAUGGAGAAGGAAAUAGAAACAACCCAUUAGCAUGGACAGAAUAUUCGAUGAGAUGUGAACAUGUGAAACAGGUUAGUGAUAUUUCAUUUGAUUCUGGACAAAUUUUCGAAUUAAUAUCAGAUUCGAACGUUAAUAUUGGCUGUACGAUAUUACACCCUGCGAGAUGUUGAUAUUGUUGCAUAUUCUCUUGGUGUGCCAAUUGCUAGAAAGGCAAUUCUUGGUGGAGCUUGCGUUGACACCAAAGAAGAUCUUGGAGCUCCCCUCACUAACUACAUUGAUUCAUUCGUUGGUGUAGCUGGACCAAAUCAUGGGAUUGCUUUGCAAAUUGCGGGAAUUUCAAUACCUGGCUGUGUUAUUGGUGCAAUCCCGAUUUUACCAAUCUGUAGUAGAGUAAUUGGAUUGUAUUCUGGUUUGUGUCCUACGGAAAGUCAAUUUCUCACGGUAAUAAAACUGUAUCUAAUUCUGAAAUUCAGAACUAAUAUUUCAGGAUAUUAAUGAUGUUGAACAUUAUGAAGGUCGCCAUGUGUUUUCGAUUUAUACUAGAACUGAUAAUUGGAUUGGUUAUGAAGUGUGCGGUCAGAUUACUGCCAGAAUACCCGGAGAAGACAGUCAUAAAUCAUACAAAAAAUAUAAUCAUGAUCAGAUUCUUGAAAACACUUGGGAUGUGCAAAUGAGAAUGAUUGGUUAGUUCGCUUUUUCAAAGAUUUGAAUAAUAAUAUGCAUAUAUUUUUUUAGAACUCCAUAAAGCUGAUGAAGAUGUUGAAAGAACAAACAAAUCCGUCAGAGGACGAUCAGGAUUGAAAUCCAAAAAACAUACACCAUCCAGAAUAUCAGUAACGACUUCAGAAGAGGAAGAUGGAAAUAGUCGAGCUAGGAAAAGAAACAUUGAAGAUGAUGAUUAUUUGAGUGACGAUUUCAGCAAUAAUAAAUCCCCUCAAAUCGACUCAAGAAAAAAUAAAUUGACUGUAAACGUGGCCAGGAGAGGAACUGGAAAUCCUGCAAGAGGUCGACAUGGGGUAAAUGUGAUAAGUGAAAGAGAAAAAGCUGAAGGAACUUAUAGAGUAAAACAAUCUAGAAGUGGACCUCCAGCUGUGAGCCCAGAAAAUUAUUAUCCAACAACAACAACCACCAGAUAUUCUAUAACCUACAAAUAUCCUACCACAACUCCUACGUUAACAACAACCACAACUACCGCCAAACCACAAGAUAAAUAUCAAAACUCAAUUGGAAAUCUACAAAAAAUCAACUCUAAAACAAGCACAAACUUUUUCCCACACCCAUAUGAAUCACCGGACCAACGAUCAUCUGAUGGAUACCAUACACGUAUUAAAAUUAUUUUUGAUGACUAA